UUGAGGCGUUUUGAAUGUUUUCUUUCGCUUGUCUUUUUAGGAGUGGCCCCUAAGGUUUGCGCCCGCCCGUUUCCCCCCCCCUCCACCAAAAAAUGAAGUGCCGACUCCGACCUCCGAACCCUCACGUGAUGCGCCGAUGGUGAAAUCGCUUCUGAGGAUGGCGACAGAUGGCGAAUGCGUCCGAUCAGCCCGGUUUCCCUCCAAAAACCCCUCCCGUAGUCUGUUUAGAUGACAAAUGACCGUGGUCUGACUCGUUUGCAGACGAUUCGUCUUUCUGGGUAGGGAGAAGAACAUUGUCCCUUUUCUUAAAUACUGUUCUGUACAUGUAUGGCACUACUUCUUGACAGGUUUCAAUUUGAUAAAACGGAUCCGGUCUCUGUUCCCCUGGAUUCCCGUGGUCUGAGGUUCUUCUGGAGAUAGAGAGAGAGAAAGAAAGAGACUGAUAGACAACCAUGGGCGGCGAGCGAAAGAUCAAGUCCGUCGCCAUCAUUGGCGCCGGUGCCGCAGGCGCUGUUACUGCUGCCGCGUUCAAGGCCGAGAACUAUUUCGAGAGGAUCCAAGUCUUCGAACGGCGGGAGUCUGCUGGUGGCACAUGGAUCUACGACCCAAACCCAGCCGAGCUUCCUCCACUUCAGCCUGGAAGCCUUCCGCCGGAUGUCGAUCCCGCUGUGGAGAUCCCGGGCGAGCUGCCCCAGGUCAAGCCUCACAGCCAGCGGGAGAGAUACACCCAGACCCCAAUCUACCGCUCUUUGACCACUAAUGUUCCUGACAUUGCAAUGUCUUUCUCGGACUCAAGGUUCGCCUACGGCCCCUUUGCGCCGCACUGGGUCCCCCGGCAGUACAUCGAGAACUACUUUUCACUGCACAAGACAGACUCCAUUCUGGUACUCAACACCACCGUCGAAGACGUCACCAGGAUCCCGGCAAAGGACAGACCUGAGCAGUGGAGACUGACGCUGCGCAAAUUCGACGCCGCGCGGAAUGUCGACAUCUGGUGGCAGGAGGUCUUUGACGCCGUCGUCCUCGCCAACGGGCACUACUCGGUUCCAUACGUGCCUCAUGUCAAGGGUCUGGACGAGUAUAUCAAGAAGUUCCCGGGCCGAGUGGUCCACUCCAAGACCUACCGCACCCCGGAGUCCUUCACCGGCAAGAAGAUCGUGACCAUCGGCAACUCCGCGUCGGGCCACGAUGUCACGGAAGAGCUGGUCAAGACGGCUCGCACGCCGGUGUUCCAGUCCCGGCGUUCGAAAUCGCGAUGGGACGGUGACGAGCCGCCGCCGGGGAUCGAAUGGAAGCCGGUCAUCAAAGAGUACCACCUGGACGGGCGGAUCGUUUUCGAGGACGGCUCACACCUCGACGACGUCGACCACGUCAUCUACUGCACGGGCUACAAGCCCUCGUACCCAUUCUGGAACUCCGAGGCCAACGGCGGGAGGGCGCUGUACGACUACAAGGAGGGCAAGCUCAUCAAGACGUUUUGGCACACCUUCUUCCAGGAUUUCCAGACGCUCGGCAUCGUCGGCAUGCCGCGGGUCCUGACGUUCCGCAGCUUCGAGUACCAGGCGAUCGCGCUGGCCCGCGUCUUCUCGGGGCGGCACUCGGUCGCGCUGCCGCCCGUCGAGGAGCAGGAGCGCUGGGAGAGGGAGCGGGAGGAGCUGGUCCGCAAGGACGGGCGCAAGUUCCACGACAUCGCGUGGGAGACGGGCGAGACGUUCGAGUGGCUCAACUGGCUGUUCCGGGUGGCGGGCCUGCCCACGCUCCGGGGCAAGGGACGGGCGCCGCCAGUGCUCUCGGAGGAGCUGAUCUGGGCCGUGGAGCACGUCAGGAAGUACGCCGAACCCGGGAACCCCAUCGACGGCGACGAGUCCCAGGAGAAAAAGAAGGAGGAGGAGGCCGAGGUGGCGGGUACGGGGUUCUACGGGGACGGCUACGAGCAUCGCGCCGAGGGACAGAAGGGGAAGUGGCUCUUGGUGCAAAGGCCCAAGAAGGACUUAUUGGGGUUCAUCUAGACUAAGAACAUUUUCUUCUUGGCGAGAGCAGACAUUUUGUAAGUGUAGAUUUUGUUUUGCAUCGCUUCAAAUUUGAACGGCCGUGAUGAAGACUCCGGAUUGGGAGACCCGUUCUGGUGGAAUUGUGCCCGACAAGUCACACGUGCCGUCCUCGAUACCCUGUUGCAUCAACGGUUUUUUUGCAGUACUCGUGAGAUUCAAAAGUAUGGAGGGGUUGUCUAACAGAGCAUUGCCCAUUGAUGACCUAGACAGGGGGGGGGAGGUUGGUUUGGCCUCCGAUAAACCGGAAACAACUAUAAAAAGCUCGAAUCCGAGCAAGAACGUGAUGAUAUCCAAUAGCAUUCCGAACGUCCGCGCAAGGCUCCAAGUUCUCUAGUGUCUAUAGUUUCCCUCCUCGAUCUGUAUUAUCGCUACACCUCGUCACACAUUACUUGUAUAGCCUCGUCACACAUCAUCUCAGAUCGAUCUAUCCGUGUGGUACGUGCUUCUAGGACAGCUAGACGGUCUCGGCUCCCAAAGGCCAGGCCACAUGCAGCCGCCAUUCCACAUCACCUAAUCUUACGCUACAUCUCUU